UUAGGCUUCCACGUCGUUCCAGAAAGAAGAAAAAAAGAAAAUAAAAUAAAAGAAAGUCAGAGAGACAAGGGACAGGCGAUCUGGGCGUCGUUGUUGCCACGUCGGACACUGCCUUCUAAGUUCCCGCGCGCGCGCUGCGCUCAGGCUCAACCAAUCGACCGGUUGUCGUCUCGUCGUCUCCUCUUUCCCUUUGCCUUCCUCCCUUAUAUAAACAGGCGCUUCAAACAUUGUCCUCUUUUCUCUCUUCUAUUUCCGGCUGUGAAGUCCUCUUAUAUACAUACAUAUAUAUGUAUGUAUGUACAAUUGUUUUUCUUCGCCGAUCGACGGAACGGUGAGGUGAGGUGAGGUCUCGGAUCGGAGGCUGCAGGUCGGAGGAGUAGGAUCGAUAUUUCCGGUCUCUCAUUUUCUCUGCCCAUCCCCGUGUCAGGUGCUCUCCAGGUCCCGAGGGCCUGUCUGUCUUGUUAAUCUCCAAGAGCAUACCAUAAAAACCGCUGUCCGGUCAAACAACAUCUAUCUAAGAGGACAAAAAGCUGGCUAGCUAGCUUAGCAUGGAUAGCAUUAGGGACUUUGGCCUUCGGAAUGUGAGCUCACAGUGCUCCCUGUCCGAAAUGGAUGACAACGAUCUCUCCCGCCUUCUCGACAAGCCACGGAUCAACAUUGACCGCAAGAGGUCAUUCGAUGAGAGGUCCUUCAGCGAGCUCUUUAAUGGAAUCCCCAGACAGCUGGCCCCUGAGAGCAACAUUGACUGCUCGUACUCUUCCGGUGGAAGGUCGGGAUUGGCCACACCAGCUUCCUCAGCCCGCAACUCGUUUGAGCCUCACCCGGUGGUUGUCGAUGCCUGGGAUUCUCUUAGACGCACCCUGGUGUAUUUCAGGGGCCAACCUGUUGGUACAGUCGCUGCCUGUGACCAUGCCUCCGAAGAAGUCUUGAAUUACGAUCAGGUUUUUGUACGGGAUUUCGUGCCCAGUGCACUGGCUUUCUUAAUGAAUGGAGAGCCCGACAUAGUUAAGAACUUCCUGCUUAAGACUUUGCACCUUCAAGGAUGGGAAAAAAGAGUAGACCGGUUCAAGCUCGGGGAAGGUGUUAUGCCCGCUAGUUUCAAAGUGCUACAUGAUCCCGCUAGGAAAACGGAGACUCUUGUUGCAGAUUUUGGGGAAAGCGCUAUAGGAAGGGUUGCUCCCGUAGACUCUGGGUUCUGGUGGAUCAUUUUACUUCGUGCAUAUACAAAGUCCACAGGAGAUUUCUCCCUCGCGGAGACUCCGGAUUGCCAGAGGGGUAUCAGGCUUAUAUUGAAUUUGUGUCUCUCGGAGGGCUUUGACACAUUCCCAACUUUGCUUUGCGCUGACGGGUGCUGUAUGAUAGAUCGAAGAAUGGGAGUAUAUGGCUAUCCCAUUGAAAUACAAGCACUCUUCUUUAUGGCCCUAAGAUGUGCACUGGCAAUGUUAAAACCUGAUGCAGAAGGAAAAGAAUUCAUUGAGAGGAUAAUUAAGCGGUUGCACGCCCUCAGUUACCACAUGCGGACUUACUUCUGGCUUGACUUCCAACAACUAAACGUGAUAUACCGUUAUAAGACUGAGGAAUACUCUCACACAGCUGUAAAUAAGUUCAACGUCAUUCCUGAUUCCAUCCCGGAAUGGGUUUUUGAUUUUAUGCCAACAGUUGGGGGUUACUUCAUUGGCAACGUGAGUCCUGCAAGGAUGGACUUUAGAUGGUUCGCCUUGGGCAACUGCGUGGCCAUUCUGUCUUCUCUUGCUACCCCAGAGCAGUCGAUGGCUAUCAUGGAUCUUAUUGAAGCUCGCUGGGAGGAAUUGGUCGGAGAAAUGCCACUGAAAAUCGCUUAUCCUGCUUUGGAAAGUCAUGAAUGGAGAAUCAUGACGGGCUGUGAUCCUAAGAACACCCGUUGGAGCUACCACAAUGGGGGAUCUUGGCCAGUGCUUCUAUGGUUGUUAACGGCUGCAUGUAUAAAGACGGGGCGGCCUCAAAUUGCUAGGAAAGCGAUUGAUCUAGCGGAGACCCGAUUGCUGAAGGACGGGUGGCCUGAGUACUAUGACGGUAAACUCGGGAGGUUUAUUGGCAAACAGGCGAGGAAGUAUCAGACAUGGUCGAUUGCUGGAUAUUUGGUGGCAAAGAUGAUGCUAGAGGAUCCUUCGCACUUGGGGAUGAUUUCCCUCGAAGAGGACAAGCAGCUGAAGCCGAUGAUUAGAAGAUCAUCUUCUUGGACUUGUUAGGUUGGAAGCCAAGCCGUAGAGAGGACAACCGAGAAAAGGAAAAAAAAGAAAAAAGAAAAACUGACAGCAGGGAGAAGAUGCCACUCAUUUUACUUUGAUUGUUACAACGACGUUUCUUACUUUUUUUUUUUUUUGGCAAUUUCCAAGGUUGGGAGGAUUAGCUUAGAAGGACCAAAUUUCUUCCAUAUAUUCAUUACCUUUAUAAUAAAGUACACACAUACACAUA